AUGAAGGUUGACAAUGGGAAAGACUCUGUGGAGGUCACAUGGAGAGGGUGCCAUUUAGUGUUUGAAAGUCCGGUUCGGUCCGGUUUUUUGAUGCCCAGGGGCGUUAACCGUAACCGUAACCGGUCUGCCUUUUCCCCAGAAGUCAAAAGACCAGACCGGACCGCAAAAAGACCGCAGACCGCGGUUUUUUGCGGUCUAUAGACCGGUUUCGGUCUGCAUCGGUUUUAACCGGUUUAUGACUGGUCUUUAGGCCAAUAUUUUAAAAUUAUGAAUCGGUAAAUUUAUUAACAUCUCUAAUAGCUUCAAAACGAGCCCAAGAACGUUAAAUUCCGUUAGGAAUUGGUGCUUCUAUAAAAUAAGUCUGGUACAUCUAUUAUUCCCAAAAGUAAUUUACA